GUGGUCAGUGCUGCGCUGCAUUCCACAUGAAUGCUUAAUACUAUAAUAUGAUGAAUGAAAUUUCCGGCGAUUCUGGCUGUUUGUCUUUCUUUCUUUCUUUCUUCUUUUCUUCUUUUUUGUGUAGUAUCUAUAUUUAAUUGAUUUAAUUUGUCUUUACGAAGGAGAUAAGAGGGGAAAUAAUGGCCGUCCAUACUCUCCGUCUCCGACGAGCCAUUAGCUCAGCGUCAGCGACAAAAACCCGCAGUUUACAAAUCACCCGUUCCAUACUCCAACUCCAAGUCCUCGUUCAUCUGUUCCGAGUCGCCAUUUCCCUCGCUCUCCUACCCCUCGAUAAUACCAUUCUCCUCGGCGCUUACGCGGCACGAUGUCUCCCCAUUGGCCUCCUAUCUGAUAGCAAGACUGGGACGCGCCGACGUCAAGCCGCUCUCCGGGAUAGUCACUUCCAGCCGAAGACGGUCCUGGUUACGGGGAUUGAUACGCCGUAUGGACUUGCUGUCGCGCGGGGGUGGUUCUACGAGGGCCACCGGGUGAUUGGGGCGGAAGUGGGGGAGGGGAUGACGGGGGUGCCGUGCGGGGCUAGUAUGUCGAGGGUGUUGGCGGGAUAUUAUCGACUUUCGAGGAAAGGGUUUGUGGGGCAGGUGGUGGAUGUGGUGGUGAAGGAGAAGGUGGAUGUUUGGGUUCCGUGUUGUGAGGAUGAGACAGAGGAGGAUGCGGCUGCGAAGGGGGUGGUCGAGGCGCGGACGGAGUGCAAGUGCGUGACGUUGGAUCGGGGGAUGGUGGACUUGAUUGCGGAUCGGGAGGCGUUUAUGAGGUUUUUGGUUGAGAAGGGGUUGCCGGUUGUGGAGAGACACGAGGUGGUGUCGAGGGAUGCGGUGCAUAAGAUCUUGCAUCGGUCGCCGACGAAAGUGUGGAAGAUGCGGAGGUUGGAUGAUAGGGAGGUGAUGCUGCCAAAGAGGACGCUCAGCUUGACUUAUUCGGAGGUCAGUGAGAUUCGGAUCUCGAGGGAGAGGCCCUGGACGCUGCAGCAGCAGACGAGGCUGGGGAGUUUCUUUGCCGAGAUGGUUGUGGUGACUGGGCAUGUCAAGGCCUCGAAGAUCUAUCCGGCCGAUGAGCAAGGGGGCUGGGGACAGUCCCCCAUGGAUCGGGGGCUGGCCACGGCGAUUCAGGCGCUGUUGGAUCGAUUUGCGUCGCAGGUUGGGCCGAGGUUGACGGGCCAUAUGCGAUUAAAGUUGAUGGUCGAUGAAGAAAUGGCUGCAAGCUACCUGCGUUAUGUGAUUCAUAUUGAUAGCUGUGUGCAUGGUGCAUCGGCUGUCAGGUAUCUCCUGCUGGAGGAGGCGCCGGGGUCGUUGGUGGCUGGGUAUCUUGGGGUGUUGACGCCGCAGACAAAUGGCGUGGCAGAGGUGAAUGUGAUGGGGGAGGUGUCCGUCAAGGCCGACAUAUCAACCCCUCCACGCAAGGGGUUCAGUCUGUCUCGGGCUGUGAAGAAGUGCAACGUGAAGAGGAUGGUUCCGGUGUUUAAAGGAGUCGAUCGUGCUCUGCAGGAGGGGAGCAAGCUGUUGUUCUUCUGGAAGAACCAGAAGUUCUCCAAGCUCGACCCGAUGCCAUGGUGGUGGCACGCUCAUAUCUACCAGCCGUUGAAGGAGCUGGAGAUGAUUGUGAAGCCGAAGAUAGCAUGAUGCUUUCCAUUCAUUUGUUUCCUUUGUUGUAGUCAGCGUCAGCGUGGAGGCAUGGGAACCACAGGACACGAUGUUACGAUUAGGUAAAGGAGCAUCAGGUGGCGCCUGGGAUUUGAUUAUUGCGGGGGGUUUAAUGGCAUGUUAAUGAAUGAUUUUGUCACUUGUCUUUAGGAGAAUAGAUCGGAAGGCAAAGUAAUCGGCUGUAAGAUCGGCAGGUGGAGCUGGCCAGACUCGGCGGUGC